GUGCAGAGACUGGGGAGAGAGAGAAAGAGAGCGGGAUCCAGCAAGUGGAGGCCGAGGCGUGCGCUUGCUCGCUCGCGAGGAGGCGGCGGAGGCCUUUUUCAAACCCGGCGGGGAAAUGGCGGAGAACGACAAAUUCGAGGGGUCGGCGCCGUUGGGAGAAGCCGAAGAGGCGGCCGCCAACGACCACGAGCGGCAGCAGGAUGGAGAAGCGGGCGGAGCCGCCAGGCCGGAGAGCGGCGACGGCGCCAAUGGCGUCAAAAUGGAAAAUGAUGAAACGGGAAAGGAUGAGAGACCAUCUGCGAAAUCAAAGUAUAUUUCAAAGCCUAAGGCAAUCCCAUCUCUUGGACACAGGAAUAGAUUCCAUCCUUACACAAAGGAGAAGGGUGCAGGCACUGGAGAAAAGAAGACCCUUAACCGUAACAGAGUAUUCAUUAGCAACAUCCCAUAUGAUAUGAAAUGGCAGUCUAUUAAAGAUCUUAUGAGAGAGAAAGUUGGUGAGGUUACAUACGUGGAGCUGUUUAAGGAUGCAGAAGGAAAAUCAAGGGGUUGUGGUGUUGUUGAAUUCAAAGAUGAAGAAUUUGUCAAGAAGGCCCUGGAAACUAUGAAUAAAUAUGACCUAAAUGGAAGACCAUUGAACAUAAAAGAGGAUCCAGAUGGAGAGCAUGCUCGCAGGGCAUUGCAGCGUGGGAGUGGACCCUACACAGGAGGACACGGCCCAGAAAUAUCACCUGGCUUGAUGAAUUUGCCACCUUCUAUUAUUAAUAAUCCAAACAUUCCUCCCGAGAUUAUUAGCAAUCUGCAGGCUGGCAGGCUUGGGUCCACCAUUUUUGUUGCCAAUCUUGACUUCAAAGUUGGCUGGAAGAAAUUAAAGGAAGUGUUCAGCAUUGCUGGGACCGUAAAACGUGCAGAUAUUAAAGAAGACAAAGAUGGAAAGAGUCGAGGAAUGGGGACAGUGACUUUUGCGCAGGCAAUUGAAGCUGUUCAGGCAAUAUCUAUGUUCAAUGGACAAUUUCUGUUUGAUAGACCCAUGCAUGUAAAAAUGGAUGACAAAUCAAUUCCUCACGAUGAUUUCCAUGUAGCAGACAGCAAAACACCACAGCUACCUCGUGGUCUUGGAGGAAUUGGAAUGGGACUUGGACCUGGUGGGCAGCCCAUAAGUGCAACCCAACUGAGCAUGGGUGGCGGUGGAAUGGGAAGUGUGGCCCCUGGAGGAAUGGGAGUGGAUGGUCCAGGCUUUGGAGGAAUGAACAGAAUGGGAGGAGGUGUUGGUGGAUUUGGUGGCAUGAAAGGGAUGGCAAACAUGGGAGGAUUUGGCGGAGUCAACCGAAUGGGAGGAAUGGGCAGUGUGGAUGAUUUCCGAGGAAAUAUUGGCAGUGGAAUGACUGGUGGCAUAGGAACAGGCAUGGGGGGCAUGGCAACAGGUAUGGGAGAAAUGUUCCGUGGAGGAAUGGGAGGAAAUAUUGAUAGAGACUUUGGUCGAACUGAUAUGGCAAUGAACCGUGGCUUUGGAGACUCAUUUGGAAGGAUGGGUAGUGGAAUAAGUGGUAUGAACAGUAUGACCGGAGGAAUGGGCAUGGGCAUGGGAAUGGAUCGGAUGAACUCCACUUUUGAUCGAAUGGGGCCAACCAUGGGAACUGGCCUGGAGAGAAAUAUUGAUAUGGAUCGAGGAUUUGUGCCUGGCCCAAUGGGCAGUGGUGUGAGAGACAGAGUAGGCUCCAAGGGCAACCAGAUAUUUGUCAGAAAUCUUCCUUUUGACUUGACCUGGCAGAAGCUUAAGGAAAAGUUCAGCCAGUGUGGUCAUGUAAUGUUUGCAGAAAUAAAAAUGGAGAAUGGGAAAUCAAAAGGCUGUGGAACUGUCAGAUUUGAUUCACCAGAAUCGGCGGAAAAGGCCUGUGUGAUAAUGAACGGCAUAAAAAUCAAUGGCAGAGAAAUUGACGUACGUUUGGAUCGCAUUGCAUAAUUUAUAAUUAAAUGUUGGGGAACAUUCCUUUUUGUCAAGUUUAGCUUUUCUCUCCUUGUCUCCUCCUAGUGAGUCAUUUUUAGUAACAUUGUAUGCUUUACUUAAGUUGGAAAAACAAAACUUUUAAAACCCACCAGCCUUUAACAGUAUAGUGUUUAAUAUACUGUGAGUUCAUUAACUGACUCUUACUACAUUUUGGUUUUUGAAAGAGAACUUUCCUGACUUGUUUAGUGGUAUGAACACCCACACCUUCUCUUGAAGUCUGGGAGCUGUGGCUGUUUUAAUACCUCUCCAAAAUCAUGCUAAGUGUCUCUAGUCAUUCAGUUUAAAUGAAUGGUUCUACUGUUUUUAAUAAAACAAGCCAUUUCCUCUGUUUAACAAA